AUGGGAGCCCUGGACCUGGUGUGGGCAAGGCCAGGCCACUGUGCCUGCUCUCACUGGCCACCUCUGGGUACUCCGCCUUUCCUGAGGACCUGGGUGGGGGAAAGGGGGCACCACACUAUACCCUGCCCACCCAUGCCAGCCCUUCCACACUACGCCCACUCUCCUUUCUCAGGCGCUCCUGGCCUCACUGUGACCUUUCUGCCAGAGCUCCCAGCCAGGCCUACUCUUGCUGAGGGGGGCUCCCUGCUAAGGGCCCUUCUUGCCCUCUCUCCCCUUCCUCUCACCCCACAUGCAGAGCCGCCACAAAGACCAAAGAAGUGA